AUGUCAUCUCGAGCCAGGUUAGUCCUGGGCUACGUAGUCUACUCUGUAAAGCAGAAACUGAAGCAGGAGUAUGCAGGCCUUUCUGGCAGAGAGAUUCGGGAUUUGAGGUUGUCUGGUGUUGAAGGGAGGCAGAUCUUUGUCGUUGCAGUCACGAACACCAUUACUGUACCUGAGAUUGCUUUUACAGGAGACACAAUGUCUGACUUUAUAGCUGAUAGUGAUAACGUCGAUGUCUUGAGGGCUAAGAUUCUAAUCUUGGAGAGCACCUUCAUUAAUGACACGGUGACUGUCGAAGAUGCAAAAGAGUAUGGACACACUCACCUGUCAGAGAUUGUUGGGUAUGCAGAUAAGUUUCAGAACAAAGCCAUACUUCUAAUCCAUUUCUCAGCUCGACACAAACGUGAGGAAAUCGAAGCAGCUGUCUCUGCGUUGGAGCCACCUCUAUCCGGAAGAGUCUUUGCACUCACUCAAGGUUUCUGA